AUGCAAAUAUGGCUGAAUCCAAACCUGACAAUAAACACUCCAAAUGGAUCACACCUUUCGUGAAACAGUGCUUUGUAACGAUGGGAGUCGCACUCAGCAUGAUGAGCCAUACGACGGUACUAGCAUUCCCGACGGCUCUUCUGCCACAACUCAGAGAAAGUCAUCUUAUUGAAAUUGACGACAAUUCUACGUCUUGGAUUGCAUCCAUUGUCGGUUUUGGACUCAUCACAGGCAUGUUAACAGUGCCUAUUAUUGUCCAUAUAUGCGGAAGAAGGGUGAUCAAUCUAAUAGCAGCUAUCACGGUUACCUUAGGAUGGAUAAUAAUAUACUCAGCUACGGCCACGCAUACAUUUAUAAUAGCAAGAUACAUGCAAAGUGUUGUCAACGGUUUUACCGCUAUUGUAGGUCCAGUCUUAAUUGGGGAAUACACAUCUCCCAGGAAUCGAGGAGCCUUUUUAACAACAUUAACUACAUCGUUUGCUAUUGGUGUAUUUCUUGCGCAUGCAACAGGAUCUUCCCUAUCUUGGCAGAAGUCAGCUUUAAUAUGUGGUUGUAUAAGUUUUGUAGAUAUAUUUAUAGUAUUAUGUUCUCCUGAAUCGCCUUUGUAUUUGGCGAAGAAAGGGAGAUAUGAAGAAUGCAAGAAAAGCUAUCACUGGCUGAAAGGUGAUGAAGAAAAUGAUGAAUUAGAUAAAAUGAUAAAAACUGCAAUGUCAGAGAAAGAAUACAAGAAUCAAACACAAAAUAUACUUAGUUACAAUUUGAUUAAGAAAAUGAUUAAAGAAUAUGUUUUAACAUUAAAGAAAAGGGAGUUUUACAAGCCUGUUGUUGUUAUGUUUCAUCUUCAGGUUAUUAAUGUUUAUUGUGGUGUCAUUCUUUUUGAUGUCUUUGCUAUAGAUAUGCUGCAUACACUUACAGGUUCUAAUAUUAAUGUUCCUUUAGUGUUGUCAUCUUUGGACUUGCAAGCAAUAGUUACAAAUUUGCUAUCAAUAAUAAUUAUAAAGAAAUUUAGAAGAAAAACAGUCUUAACCAUUUGUACUUUGCUGACUAUAACAGCGUAUUUAUUAAUUUCUACUUACUCAUAUUUAAGAACUCAAGAAUUGUUACCAUUUGAUUAUCCAAUUAUUGGAAUAUUACUAUGUCAUUUUCAUUUAGCGGCCAUAUACACUGGUUGUGUUUCAAUACCAAAUAUAAUUGCAGGAGAAAUAUUUCCAUUUGAAUAUAAAGGUAUUGGUGGAAUGGUUUCUCAAGUAACUUUCUCAGUAUGCCUCUCAGUGACUUUAAAAGUAUUACCAUAUUUGUUUUCAUCGAUAGGCCUACCUGGCACAUAUUGCGUUUUAGCUGUAUUACUUAGUUAUGGUCUAAUAGUCUCAAUUAUCAUACUACCAGAAACAAAAGAUAAAACUCUACAGGAUAUAGAAGAUACCCUUAAAGGAAACAGUAUUGUUGGUCAGAAAAUAGAAUCAGAUAUGUUAAUAUCCUAAUUUAUAUGUUUAUAGACAUAACCAACAACAAACAUAAACAGGUUAAUUAUUGGUCGUCAUCAUCUGCUUCAUCCUUAUCCCGUUUAUUUAGGGUCGGCGUAACAUGUUUUUCUCUUCCAUUCAUCCCUGUUGGCAGUCAUCUCGUUAUUUACUCCUUUCCUUACCAUGACAUUAUCAUCUUUCACACAGUCCAUGUAUAUCUUUUUUGGCCUUCCUCUGCUCUUAUAACUAUUCACAUUAACAUGUAACACCUUCAUAUGA